CAUUUAUAUACAAACAUGUUUUAAUAUAAAUCAGAGUACAAGACAACUGACAAAAAACUCAGACUGUGCGUUUAAACUCUUACAUUGUAAUAUUACUGAACGGCUGAUAGCCCUGGUGCUAGUCAUUUAGCACAGGCAAACAACACUCAUUUUGAGAUGCUGGCCCCGCCCCUAAACCUGCUCCAUUGGUCAAGCGUGUCGAGACGCGGACGUCAAAAAGAAUGUAUUUGCGUCAUCGAACGCGGAUUGGCCGUGGAACGCAGUCAAUCAUCCUGAUCGUGUAUCCCAGUAUUUGCGAGUCCGUUUCCAAUAUUCUGUCAGGAUUCGAAGAAUUCUAAGAAUCCUGGCUAUUCUGAUAGCUGUCAAUAACCUAGGAGAGUAGGGAACCUCCCGCCCAGAGCUUGCCUGGUGCCCAGCAUGUACUGUGAAAGCACAAUGCCCAUAAACAACACUCCUCAGGGAUAGCCACAGCCGCUGUCAUACGGAGCAGGCCCGCUUGCCCCUGCAGUGCCAGGGGGACCAAGCGCACGUUUACCCUUUCAUUGCUUCACAGUCACCAAGAAUACUGACAGGUUGCCUUCUGUCUACUCAGAAACGUGCUCAUACCCUGUGCCAAGCCCGUCCGCUUCCGCAUUAUCCGGCUCAUUACACCCUAAAGUGUACUAGGGGUGAGCGAGCUCCUUUCCUCAUUAAGAGAUUACUCCAUGACGCAGGCAGGCAGGCACGGCUUACCCGCCGCUGACCCUGUGCGUGGCUGCGGCUUCUAUCUGACAGGAGGGAGCGGGUGGGCGGCUGAUUUGGGAAAAGGGUAACGUGGAGCACUGAGUAUGAUGAUCCAUGAGAGAAAGUUCUGGGAAAGCGCAGCAACAAGUUACCAGUGACCUGCCCGGGUAAAUAGCUGUGCUAACAGAAGGGGCGUGUCGGGGAGGAACACAGCAAAAGCCCAUAUAUAAAGUAACCGGAGGAAAAAAGCGCAGACACAGCUAGUGAAGCUCCAUAGACUCACUGCUACAUUGACAGACAGCCUGCACUCCGGUGACAUUACAAGACGUCUUAACACAAGGUGAUACCCAGGGUGUGAGAUUGGUGGCAUUUAUUGCUAAUUCUAGCCCUCUGUGACUAGCAAAGAGGGGUGAGGGGAGCUGCAUUUCAUACCCACUAGACUUUAAGAGAGAGUUAGUGGUUAGUUGCAGAGUGUUUAUUUCCUUAGACUUGGAGCUUUGAAAGGGGAACUAGAUGCAUUUGAGAAGGCUAAGUGCGCAGUUACUUUUAUCUAAGAAGGGGAUUAGAAGGGUUUUCGAGGUGAUUAAAAUGCUACGAUCGCUGACCUGUUACUUUGUAUUCUGCAGGGCUCUCUGAAGACGGGAAGAUAUAUUUUUUGGUGUACCAGAUUUAUUCUUCUUCUGGCUUUGCCUUCAUAGCAGAAGACAGACAAACACGGCAUUUUACUAUGGCAGAUGAUGAAAAUGCCAGUACCGCUGGGAUAAGCCAAGGCUGCGACAACAGUAACUGUAAUGUACUGAGCUGGGAGCAAGUGCAGAGACUGGAUGGCAUCCUCACUGAGACCAUACCCAUCCACGGCAGGGGAAACUUCCCCACCCUGGAGAUGAAGCCCAGGCAGAUCGUGAAGGUGGUGAGGAGCAGGCUGGAGGAGAAGAACAUUAAUGUACGGGAUGUUCGAUUAAAUGGUUCGGCAGCUAGCCAUAUCCUUCACCAGGACAGCGGAUUGGGCUUUAAGGAUCUUGAUCUCAUAUUCUGCGCAGAUCUUAAAGGAGAGGCCGAGUUUCAGACUGUGAAAGACGUGGUGCUGGAUUGCCUUUUGGAUUUCUUACCCGAAGGAGUUAACAAGGAAAAGAUUAGCCCUCUCACCCUCAAGGUAAACAAUGCUCGCUGAGCGACCCCGACAACAAACACAGGCUACCUAUUCAACCCAGAUGUUUUGCUAUUAGCCCGUGAUAUGAAAAUAAAGAACCUACCAGUCAUUUCCACCCCUGUCAUGAGCUCAAAAGCUGAACACAAUAGUGAUGCAAGGUUAAAAAAACUAGGGGCACAGCAGACUGGUUUACAUUUAUUAGUAAAUAAAAUGUGGGUUGCUUGUAUCCGUCGGUUUUUUUUUGUUUUUUUUUAGGGGAUCAGGCUUUGUGGAGCUUCUAGGAAUCAGGGUACCAGUUGACAACAUUCCAAAACUAAUGUUUCAAUCUUGUUUUGAAUUUGACUUUCUGGCAGAUAAAGUAGUUUCGUUUUUGAUUUCAUGUCAAAAGGUUGCGAAACCUAAGCCAUGUAAUGCUUUAUUUAUUUUUAUAAUUAUUUUUUGUUUGUUCUAGUUCACUUUACUUCUGGUAGUUAUAUUUAGAAACCUAUAUUUAUUGUACAAUUCUCAGCUCAUGUGAUUGGCUUGUUUGUGUUUAUCUUUUCUAGGAAGCGUAUGUUCAGAAAAUGGUGAAAGUCUGCAACGAUUCAGAUCGAUGGAGUCUAAUCUCACUAUCCAACAACCAUGGCAAAAAUGUGGAACUAAAAUUUGUGGAUUCCCUGAGGAGGCAGUUUGAGUUCAGUGUAGAUUCUUUUCAGAUUAAGCUGGAUUCUCUUUUGUUUUUUUAUGAGUGUUCAGAGAACCCAAUGACUGAAACCUUCCACCCAACUAUUAUUGGAGAGAGUGUCUAUGGAGAUUUCCAAGAAGCCUUUGACCACCUAUGUCACAAGACAAUUGCCACCAGAAACCCAGAGGAGAUCAGAGGUGGUGGCCUUCUAAAAUAUUGUAACCUUUUAGUAAGAGGCUUCAGGGCAGCAUCUGAAUCAGAGAUGAAGUCUCUGCAGAGGUAUAUGUGUUCAAGAUUUUUCAUUGACUUUUCAGACAUUGGCGAGCAACAAAGAAAGCUGGAAUCCUACUUGCAGAAUCACUUUGUGGGAUUAGAAGACCGCAAGUAUGACUAUCUCAUGACUUUGCAUGGUGUAGUCAAUGAAAGUACUGUAUGUCUUAUGGGACAUGAAAGAAGGCAGACUCUGAGCCUUAUCUCCAUGCUAGCCAUCCGAGUCCUGAUUGAACAAAACAGUAUUCCCAAUGUGGCUAAUGUAACUUGCUAUUACCAGCCAGCCCCAUAUGUAGCAGAUGCCAAUUUCAGCAAUUACUAUAUUGCCCAGGUUCAACCUGUCUUCACGUGCCAGCAACAUACCUACUCUACUUGGUUACCUUGUAAUUAAGAUGAUUGAAAGGCUUCUUUUAGGAAUAUACCCACUAAAACAGAAAUGGGGAUUCCUGAUAAUUAAAAUGGGGAGUGAUUUUGUGCAAAGUUGAUCUGCUCUAGGUUUCAAUCUUUGUGAAGCUUUUGAUUCAUAUAGAAUACACAGGAGCCUGAUCCAAAUUAAUUGGGUUCAAUCCCAGAGCACAAACAGUCAUUUUAAAGUAACGAUAGCCUUGCAUAGUACAGGAGGAAGGAUUGCUUCAAGACUGUACCGGGUGACGGUUCCAGCUCCCUUAAUAUUUGAAUAAGAAGAGGUUGGCAAAAGGUUAUGGAUUAUUCCAGAGGGAGUAAUAUUCUGAUGGAAAUCAUAUUCCUUCUGUAUUUAAAGUGCUGGUAGUAUACAAGAAGGACAAAUAUUGAAUAUUUGAAUGACCUUUGUGGUUUACAGCAAGUACUGUCUCUGAAUUUUAUAGAAUGUACAACUUGCUUGCAUAGAAUGGUAUUCCAGAUGUGAUUUACUCCAAGUGAACCACAGUAGGGUGGUACAGUUCUAAAAACUGUAAAUCUUUUGAAGACAAAAUACAUUAUUUCCAGAUGUAUGCAUGAUUCACAUUUUACAAAUGUGACCAUGCAAGAGAGUUAGCAGUAGCAAAUAAAAGGCUUGAGGACCAAAGAUUUCUUAAAGAAAUAUACCCAAAUGAAAGAGUUGAAGAGACUAUUUGUAUACCUGUUAAUUUACUGUAUCAAAGUGCCUGUUUCCUUCAGAAAAAUUAAGAUUACUUGUAGAUUUGUGAUUGAACCGAACAUUUUCUUUUAUCAGGGAUACGGAAAAAAAAUAUCUUGUUCAUAAACCUGUGAUUAACAGUGCAGUAAAUGCCCUAUUUUUCCUUGGCAAAUACUUGUAUAAAGUUUUAUAUGUGAAAUGCAUAUUUGCAUAUAUAAAAAGAGUGUGAGUGUGUGUGUUUCAUAUGCACCCAAAUAUAUUGAAUUGUGGUUUAGCUUAAAUGUAGCACUUGGAGAAUGCCCAUUUAAAGGACGAUGUGUGUUGAAGUUUCAACAGGAUAUAAGUAUAUUAAGAGUUUGGGAUUUUUAAAAAAAAUGCUUGCUCAUUUGUGUGAAAACACCUGGGUUGCUAAAAUUAGUAAAACACAUCACUAACAAAUUUUAUUUAUAACCAAGGCAAUUCAGUUUAUUUCUAGUUAUUUGCACAAACUGGUGCAUAAUCAAUCAGCUGAAUUCUACAAAAAAUAUGAUUUUAUAUUCUUACUUAAGCAUUUUUUAAGUUGGCAAAUCACACCUGACAGCCAUUGUAGGCCAACAUAAAUUUUAGUGGACAAUUCUGAAUUACUAUAGCAGGUUAGUUGUUAAUUUCUGUUUUUGUUUUUUGUUUUCUUUAUGCAGAAUGAUUUGAUUCAUGGUAGGACCACUAGAGGUAUUUAACCAGCAUUUUGCAAAGAAAUGUCUUGCUCAUUCCUCUGGGACUGGCACUUACAUGGUUAAAGCAAAAUAAAAACUGUUGCUUUUAUUUUAACUCAGUAUUUUUAUAUAUAUUCUAUCUUCAACAUAUUUUUCAGUCUAGAGGUUUGAUUUUCCAUUUCAACCUUUAACACUGUACUGUAUUUAAACACCAGUCAAUUUCAUUAUACAAGCUGAUCUUUAACUAAAAGCCAGUAAACGGUACUAUAACAGUUUUUUUUUUUUGCAAGGGAUUUUGUGUGAGGGUUUUGGUCCCUAACCCUUCCAUAUUUUCCUAAUUUAUAUUAUUUUUUUCUUUCAGUACAUCCUUUGUAUAAUUACAAUUUAAACUUCUUAGCACAGUCCUUAGAUUAAAUUGUACCACAAAAAGUAAACUGAUACCAUGGUAGUGAAUAGCUAUGCCCAGGUAUUACAAAAGCAGCUUAUCCCUCUACUCAUUUUAAAGCUUUGGCCUGUGAUUGCUCUUUCACGGUCUGCUGCAUCUAUCUGAUGUGAAAAGGCCUGACUGAAAGAAUAAAUAUCUGGAUUAAUUUAUUGUUUCACAGCCCUGGCAUCAUAUUAAAGAAUUUAGUUAAAAUUAGAAAUAUGUAGACAUGAUUGUGUCCUAGACCCAUCCCCCAUUGCAAACUGAGUUAGAAAAUGAAUUAAUUGCACACUGCAGCCCAAAUCUACUAACCUUUGAUUAUUCUGCAAUUGUGUACUUAUUAUAGCAGGAGAACUGCGUAUGUCAGGGUUAAGAAAGUGCAAACCCCCCAGGUGUUUUUCUAAACUCCCCAUAAUUCUCUGUGAGCCAUAGGCUUGAAGUAAUAAAGGAGUAUUAAGGGUGUUGUAGUUCAAAAGCAUCUGUUUCUUAUUACGUCACAUGUGCAAUUAGAGGAGCAGUCACAGCAUUGUUUGUGAAUACAUUUAUUUUUCCAAUGGGUUGGUGACAAACACAAUCAACAUUUAUUACCUUGUAACUUGGUGAACCUGCUGUUGGUAGUUAAACCGAGAUAUUCAUGCAUAUCCUUGUGCCUGUAAAUGAUAGCAGGUCAUGAUUCAUAUAGCUGAACUGGAAAUACAUUUAUGGCUGACGCACAAAAACAAGCAAAAAUAUUUUGAACCCCCAGUUACCACCUUAAUAUAAUAAUCCCAGCCCUUUUUGUUGCUGACAGGUCAAUAUUUUUUUUCAGGCCCCUAAGGUCUUCAAAAACAUUAUUUCUAGAAAUAGAAACACUUGGAAAUGAAUAGAAAAUGUGUCCACCCCUUUUCUAUUUUGAUAUUCUGUAUUUUUUUCCCCUUUAUAUAUAACAUAUAAUGUAUGUGUGUGUGUAUGUGUACAAAUGCACAGUGUCUUUAAAGAUCAUUUUAGCAGGAACUUGAUAUGUUUACUGUAGCACAAUUCCUGUGAAUUUUGCAGGAUCUGUUAAAGCUAUUGCACUGUCACUCUCUGUUUGCAUGGAAAUAUCUGGCGUUUUUUGUGACUGCUCUGGUCUGUUUUCUGUUUGGUCAGUGAAGAGCCUUACUUGAUUAAUUGAGAGUAGGAAGUCUCAGUUCCCAGGACUUGUUCCAUCAGACAGACCGUAAAUCAGAAUUGAGAUGGGCUUGUCUAUGUCAGAAUGGGAUCCAUAGAUAUUCAUGUUGCUUAUGAACUGAAUUGAAAGGGAUGACUGGGGAAAUAGGAUCAGCUGGUGAUGGGGUAUACCUAUUCUUGCCACAGCUAUUGGCACUGCGUAAUUAACUCCUAUCUUUAUUAAAGGUGUCGGAUAUAGAUGUGCCACAAUCAAACUUGUUUACCGAUAUCCAAGACUUCAUAAGAUUAAAUGGCUAUUUAGAGAUAAUUUUUCUACCUAAUUGUAUCUCAAAUGCAUUUAUUUUUUAGAAUUUAUAAUUGACUGCAGCCAAGCCAGCUUAGAAGUACAGUCACAACAGCUGUACAUAGUCUACAUCUUGUAUGUUUUAUUGUUUUGAAAAAUAUUCUAUUCAUGUUGGUUGCAAAAUACAUUUUGUACAGCAAUUAAUGAAAUUGACUUGUCUAUCAUCUAACAUGUUAGAACUCAGAUUUUGCAGGCGAGACAAUGCUUCUUUUCAAACUACAUGACUCCUUAAAAAUUGGCCAUUGGAGGAUGGAUUUAUUGCUAAUCUAUGUGGAGAUAAACCCACUAAUACAAAUGUGAUGAAACAUCAGAUCUCUUUCAAGCCAAGCCAUUGUAUGUUGUUGCAGAAAAAAUGCAGGGAUGUAGUUUUUGAGGCAAAGAAAAAAAAAUCCCCACCAGCGUCAAACAUUUUUGCUUUCUCAAAUAUUUGCUGUUGCUUCUAUAUUGCAUACUACAUUUUAUCUUGAGCUUUAAUUCUGCAAAAUGCUUUUGUACAUGAAACGUAUUCUGUUGUUAGCUUUACCUUGGGAGCUGGGAGUGAAACGGAAAGAAAGUUCUUUUAUUAUAUAUAUUUUUUUUUAACAUUUCAUUGUAGUAUGAAAGUUUUGGAAAUAAUUGCACAGAAGCAAAACAAGAAGAAAAAGUUAUAUUGUGUGUGGGGUUUCUUUUGUUUUCACAACAUUUUUGUAAAGGCAAAAUGAAGAGGGGAGGGGGGAUCUUUUGCAGUUAUAAUUUGAGGUUUUGUGUAAGAGUGCCGAAAAAAAUAAACAGCUUGACUAGAGUGUUGCAAAAUCUUGUAACUUUUAAGGAGGCUAUGCAUAUUUUUUUUUCUCUCCCUUCUUGUCACACAAACACUGCCUUCACAGUGGCAUCCUGUUGCAUCAAACCGCUCAUUGCUUUGCUUUUUUGGAAAACUAUAAGGAUGGGUUCUGUAAAGGGCAGAUGAAACACAAGCAUUAUGCAUCCAUGCUUGAGGGAAAGGAUUGUAAAAUUUGUUUACAGCAUCCAAUAUUUGGAUUUUUUUGUAAAUAAAAAAAAAAUGUUAUUUUUUUCUAUGGAUCUGAGUCUUUAUGUGUUUUAUUUAUUGUUUUACAUUAUGAUUAUUAUAAUUUCUUUUUCUCUGUGGAGUGUUUGAAGCAUUAUCUUGCUGGGAGGAGCUCAAAAAUAUCUUUUAUUUAUGUAUUAUUCCAGCCAAAAUGUGACCAGUGCAGUUCGCUGAGAGGGGAUCUAGCUGGAACAUGCCAAAGUGUUUUGGCUCUGUACAAACAAAACUUCAC